AUGGCUUCCGCCCCUCUUCUUUCUUUCCGGCCGGCAGGAGUCCGGACCUUUGCCGCCACCUCCGGCGAUUCUAGAUCCGGAAGGAAAGUGGGAGGCGCCGGCGGCGGAAGCUGGUGGACGCCGCUGUUCGGGUGGCCGGCGGAGCCUGAUUAUAUCGAGGAAUCUGGCAGCGGCGCGGCUGGGGCGGCAGAGAAGAAGACCACCGGCGCCGGGAAAGAGGCGUUAGAGAUGCGAGGGGGGACGACUAAGUCCGUGGCGUUCACGGAAGAUAAGGCCCGACGACUGCGGAUGAUGACCGCGGAGACGUCGGCGUUCCACGACAUCAUGUACCACUCCGCCAUCGCCUCCCGGCUUGCGUCCGACUUCUCCGGCCGAUCCGACGACUAG